UUGUGCACAUCCCGGGCCUAAAAAAAGAACCCGGCUCCUUCACUUGUAAACAAGCAAAAUCAAGCAAUUCAUCCAGCUUCCCCUAGUAGUACCACUCUGUCUCCUCACUAGUACGUGAGUGUGUGUGUGUUUACUAGUGCUCGUACUAGUGUUCUUCGGCCAGCUAUCCUGCUUCUUUCUUUAGUCUGGUACUAGCUAGUCCGGUACCAGCGGCGGCGACCUCCGGGAGCUGCUCUUCACGUUCUGGGUGAGUUUUGACUCCUGCUGCCAUCAAACUCGGUACUCUGAAGGCCUCGGUUUUGUGCCUGUCUGAUGUGAGGAAGCUAUUAGCUAUGUGUAGUAUAUGCUGUGUUCUUCAUGUAUAAGUAAUAACAUUCUCUUGCUAUAAUUUAAUUUCGCAUGGUUGCUUGUAGCUACUUACUGAUGUAAAAGAGCAGAGGUUAAGAAUGUCGGAGGGGUAAUUAAGGAGUAUAUUUCUCUUUGCUUGCUUUGGCAUCUCCCCUUAAGCUUGUGGGUAGCUGACGAAAGGAGAUAUGCUAACCCAUGCCUUUCCCCUUUGCUCUUACAUUUUGCACAAGAAACGUAUAAUACAGGCACGUGGAAUGCUUCUUUACUCCUCUGCUCCUUUGGCAUUGUGUACAAGAAAGGAACAUAUAUAUAUAUAUAGAGAGAGAGAGAGUGAGAUGAUGGGCUAUAGCUAGCUCUCUAUAUCAGAGCUUAAGGUAUACCACAAUGAGAUAGACAAAUCUUGCGGCAUAUCGCCGUCUCAAAGAGCCAAUUCAUUCCGAGGUAGGGGAAUCAAUGACACAGGAAAACCACUUGGCAAUGAAAAGCUCGGGGCACCUGUUCAAUGAGUGGGAGAUCCGGCUAUUGGUGCUUCUUAGCUUCACAAUGCAGCUUUUUCUUUUCUUUGUUGGUGGCCUCCGGCGGCGUAUCACUAACAGCGCCCUCAGAUUUUCAAUCUGGCUAGCUUAUGUGGGAGCAGACAUGGUAGCUGUUUAUGUCCUAGGCCUCAUCUCUCGCGUGCACCUGGAUGCCACCACGGAAAAUCAUCAUCACCUGGCUUUUCUUUGGGCACCCUUCCUCCUCAUACAUCUCGGCGGACAAGAUACCGUCACUGCUUUCGCCAUUGAGGACAUCAGCCUCUGGCUGAGGCACUUGUUGAACCUUGUUGUCCAAGUCUCCCUCACCCUGUACAUCUUUUGGAAAUCGACCAAUGGUCUGAAUAUACAGGAGCUUCUUCUUCUUCCAACCAUCCUCCUGUUUGUUUCGGGAAUGAUCAAGUAUGGGGAGAGGACAUGGGCUUUGUGUUGUGGCAGCCUCAUAAACAUCGCAGAGUUCCCUAUCCCACAAUAUCUGACAGAUUUAGACAAGAUCCAUGUGGGUUCUACUACUUCUUCCUAUUCUGGCCUUGUUUCCAAGGCUUUGUUUUCCAUAAAAGAGGUCCGUUGGAUUUUUUCUAGUUACAGUCCUUUGGGAACAGAUCUCAGCAUGAAUUCAGAUCUACUACUUCCAGACUAUGCAGGCAAGUUAUUUGAGACCAUGGAGAUUGAACUCGGGCUGAUGUUCGACGACAUCUAUACCAAGGCGCAGGUGCUUCGAACAUGGGGUGGCAUCAUACUUCGGUGUCUCUCAGAUAUUUCCUUCUUAGCUGCUUUUGUGCUCUUCUCUGUAAGAAACAAGGAGAGAUACAAUACCGUUGACACUGCAAUCACCUAUGUACUGUUUAUCGGCGGUUUCUCUCUGGAGGUUUUUGCGGUAUUUACCGCCAUGGUGUCACCAUGGAUUUGGGCAUGGCUAAAGACGCGGCACUGCAGCUUCCUUUCCUCCAUCAGCAUUAGCUGGCAGAGGAAGAGGGUGCUGUGGUCAAAAUCCAUGGGUCAGUACAGCCUGUUGAACUACCUGGGACAGUGCGACCAGCAGUCAAGUAAAGUGAUGGCGGUGGUCAGAAGAUUGGUGAAUGCAGUUUGCGGGCGAAAGCAGAAGCUCUGGGUCAGUAAGCUGUUGGACACCAAGUUCGUGGAGGUCGACGAGAAGGUCAUGAGAUGCAUUGUGGAGAGGAUCAAGCAGUAUCAGUCUACAGAUGAAUCGAGCAUGCUCCCACAAUGGCCAAAUCUUGCUCCACUGCUUCAAAGGUCACUGCGGGUUCCCGAGGCGGAUUUUCAUUUCCCGGUUCUCGUCCUCCAUAUAUACACGGAGGUAAUGCUGAGCAGGUAUGCUCCCACCGCUACUCCGGAUGGUGGUUUGGACCGCGUGUGCCGGACGAUAUCCAACUACAUGGUUUACCUUUGUGCCACGCACCAUGAAAUGCUGUCGGUCCAAAACAGUUCCAACCAAAGUGACCUAGCAUACAUCCUUCACAGAUUGUUUAGCGUGGGGACUAAUGCUGACAUCAGUAACAUCAUGCCUAAGGCGGUUGGGUUCUUGAUCGAUUGCCGUUUUCCGGUGCCCCCGAAGGUGUGUACAGAAGCACAUCUGUUGGAAAUCCGAGAUGCAUGGGUAGGGUUCCUCCUCCAUGCCGCCAGCAAGUCACGGCCGGAGAUGCAUGCGGCGCAGCUGGCCAGAGGAGGGGAGUUCCUCACCUUCGUUUGGCUGCUCAUGGCCCACUGCAAUCUCGGGAACUCUAGGGGCUGCCCAAUCGGGUUGCUACCUAUAAGUGGUGAUGUUCAGUGGCGCUGUGUCUUCCAUAUUCGCCCUCCACCACAAUCCUCAUAGGUGCUGCACAGGUCUUUGUACGGGUUUCGACCACGGCACGCCUUUGCGUUCUCAUCGAUCGGCAUAAGUCGGGAUUCAUCCCCAUUGCGCUUGUGCGCUGCUCAAAUAAUGUGCUUCCAUCCGUAGUUCUUCUUUUCCUAUCCUUGUCUCUUUUAACUUGCAAUGUAAUUCAGAGCAUCACUGUUUAUUUA